UGUCAUGGCGGUGCCCGGGGCGGCGGCGCUGCCGCUGCUGCUGCUGCUGAGCGGGACGGCCGCGGGCUGCGGGUACGAGUCGUGUCCCCCGACCCGGCCGGACAUGCUGAACGUGCACCUGGUGCCGCACACGCACGACGACGUGGGCUGGCUGAAGACGGUGGACCAGUACUACUAUGGGGUUCGGAACCAGGAGCAGCACGCGGGGGUGCAGUACAUCCUGGACUCGGUGGUGGCCCAGCUGGCCGCGGAGCCCUCGCGCCGGUUCGUGUACGCCGAGGUGGCGUUCCUGGCGCGCUGGUGGCAGCAGCAGGGAGAGCCCACCAGGAGGCUGGUCAGGAGGCUGGUGCAGGAGGGCCGUUUGGAAUUCGUGGGAGGGGGCUGGUGCAUGAGUGACGAGGCCGCCUCUCACUACGGGGGGCUCGUGGAGCAGCAGGCCCUGGGCCGGGCCCUCCUGCGCCGCCUCUUCGGGCCCUGCGGGACCCCGCGCGUGGCCUGGCAGAUCGACCCCUUCGGGCACGCCCGAGAGGCUGCCGCGGCUUUUGCACAGAUGGGCUACGACGGGCUGUUCCUGGGCCGCGUGGAUCACCAGGACAAGUGGCGGCGGCUGCAGCGCCGGGAGCUGGAGAUGGUGUGGAGGGGGAGCGACAGCCUGGAGCCCCCCCGGGCCGACAUCUUCACUGGGAUCCUGCCCAACAUGUACAACCCCCCCCCGGGGCUCUGCUGGGACCAGCUCUGCUCCGACCCCCCCGUGGUGGACGGGGACGGCCCCGAGCGCAACGUGGACGAGGUGGUGACAUCGUUCCUGCAGGCGGCGGCUGCGCAGGCCCGGCAGUACCGCACCAACCACAUCCUCAUGACCAUGGGCUCCGACUUCCACUACGAGAACGCUCACCUGUGGUUCAAGAACCUGGACAAGCUCAUUGCCCACACCAAUGCCCGGCAAGCCAACGGCAGCCGCGUGCACGCCCUGUACUCCACCCCGUCCUGUUACCUGAGGGAGCUGCACCGGGCCAACCUCACCUGGCCGCUCAAGACGGACGAUUUCUUCCCCUACUCGGACGGGCCGCACCAGUUCUGGACCGGCUACUUCAGCAGCCGCCCGGCCCUCAAGGGCUAUGAGCGGCUCAGCAGCGGCUUCCUGCAGGUGUGUAACCAGCUGGAAGCUCUGGCCGGACCCUCGGCUCGGGCCGGCCCCUACGGCCCUGGGGACAGCUCGGUGCUCCGCGAGGCUGUGGCCGUGGCCCAGCACCACGACGCCGUGGCCGGCACCGAGCGGCAGCACGUGGCCAACGACUACGCCCGGCAGCUGGCCAAGGGCUGGGACAGCUGCCAGGUGCUGGUGGCCAACGCGCUGUCCCUGCUGGGGGACACCAAGGACCCGCUGGUGUUCUGCAACGGGCUCAACGUCAGCGUGUGUCCCCUGAGCGAGGCCACCCCGCAGUUCACGGUGAUCCUGUACAACCCCCUGGCCCGCGCCGUGUCCUGGCCCUUGCGGCUCCCGGUCAGCGGCGCCUCCUACGCCGUGAGUGACCCCCAGGGCCGGCCCGUGGCCAGCCAGGUGCUCCCAGUGUCCCCGGUGACGCGGCGGCUCCGGGGCGGGGCCGGGGGGGCUCCGGGCGAGCUCCUGUUCCAGGCCUGGGCCCCCCCCGUGGGGUUCAGCGCCUUCGGGGUCCGCCAGCUGCGCCCGGGGGGGGGCCCAGACCCCCCAGGGGGACAACAGGGACAGCAGGGACACCAGGACACCCCCGGGGGGCACCAGGACACCCCGAGGGGACAGCAGGACAGCGAGGAGCUGCAGAUCGAGAACGAGCACCUCCGCGUCCUCGCCGACCCCGGCUCCGGCCUCCUCCGCGAGAUCCACAACCUGCGCCACGGCCUCUCCCUGCCCGUCUCCCAGAGCUUUUACUGGUACAACGCCAGCACGGGGGACGGGCAGAGCCCCCAGGCCUCGGGCGCUUACAUCUUCCGCCCCAACGCCUCCGCGCCCUUCCCGGUGUCCGAGCGCGCGGCCACGCGCCUGGUCAAGACAGCAGUGGUGCAGGAGCUGCACCAGAUCUUCUCGCCGUGGUGCUCGCAGGUGCUGCGGCUGCGCCCGGGGCAGCCUUACCUGGAGCUGGAGUGGACAGUGGGACCCCUGCCCGUGGGGGACGGGCUGGGCAAGGAGGUGGUCAGCCGCUUCCGGACGCCGCUGCGCACGGCCGGCCGCUUCUACACCGACUCCAACGGGCGCCAGGUGCUGGAGCGCAGGCGUGACCACCGGCCCACCUGGAACCUGAGCCAGAGCGAGCCCGUGGCGGGGAAUUAUUACCCGGUGAACACGCGGAUCUUCAUCAGGGACCAGAAGGUGCAGCUGACGGUGCUCACUGACCGCUCCCAGGGGGGCAGCAGCGUCCUGGACGGGUCCCUGGAGCUGAUGGUGCACCGGCGACUGCUGCGGGACGACGGGCGUGGCCUGGGGGAGGCGCUGGACGAGCCGGGCGUGGCCGGGCGGGGCCUGGCGGUUCGGGGCCGGCACCUGGUGCUGCUGGACCCUGCGGCCACCGCGGCCGAGGGACACCGGCCACUGGCCCAGGAGAUGGCCACGCCCCCACAGGUGGUGCUGGCGGCCGGGGCGGGGCCGCGACUGAGACAGUGGUCGGGGCUGCGCCGGGCGCUGCCCCCCAACGUUCACCUGCUGUCGCUGGAGCCGCGCGGGGCCGGGGCGCUGCUGCUGCGCCUGGAGCACCUGUACGGGCUGGGGGAGAGCAGGAACCGAUCCACACCUGUCAGCGUGGAUCUGACCACCCUUUUCUCAUCCUUCAACAUCACCUCGCUGGAGGAGCUGGCGCUGGGGGGGGACGUGCCCCUGCAGGGCGUGUCCCGCCUGCUCUGGAGGACCCCCUCAGGGACCCCCAAACCGCGGCCGGAGCCCCGGCCGGACCCGCGGCGCGUGCGGCUGGAGCCGAUGGAGAUCCGAACCUUCCUGGCCUCGCUGCGGCACUGAGGGGCUGGGGGGGGGUCCCGAGCCGCCCCCCCCGCGCCCCCAGACCCAAAUAAAAGAGCAUCG